AUUUCAUUGUUUUUAGCAUUGUUUGAGCAAUAAUUAAUCUCUACUAUAUUACAUACACAUUCCAUUGUCAAGUGAAUUUACAUUAACUAAGUGAAAAUUGUAUAUUUGAUUAAUUUGUACUUGAUCUGUAUUCAAUCAAUUUUUUUUUUGUUGUUACCACUUACGGUUAUUAUUUUCACAGAUGUAUAUGAAAACAAAUCAAUUGUACAACAACAAUCUGAUCGACCAAAAUCAUCAUUGCCAGCAUCUAGGAAUUCAUUCGUUUUAGAUAUGGAUGAUGAUAAUCAUAUUCAUCAUGUUCGCCAUCAACAACAUCAUCAUAAAUCAGCAAAUAUAGAUCAUGGUGAUUAUGGAUUUCCAACAUUAGAUUCAAUUCAUUCGACUAUCGAAAAAAAUCAUGGUGGCCAUUCGCCUAAUUCUGCUGCUGCUGCUGCUUCUGUUAAUCGAAAAUCAAUCACACGGAAAUCAAGUUCAAUCAUGUUGAUCACUUUAUUUGAUACGUUGAUAUUAAUGAUGAUGUUAGCAUUGGCCAUUAUUUUAAGAUUUACCGAUGAAAUAAAACCAAUAGAAACAUGGUUUUCCAAACGAUUGGUCUGUAUGUUUCCUGAAUUAUAUAGCUGGCCAUUCAAAGUGGUUUCCAAUACGGAAGGUGUACUAUUGUUCGACAAACUAUCUAGCACUGAAUUUCUUUUUUUUCUUUUCGUUUUCAUCAUACCAAUUGCUGCCAUUAUCUUUUUGGAACUAAAUCGUCUUCUUAUUCGUCAAAUAGUUCAUGGAGAUCAUGAUGAUCACGGUGAAUCAAUCAUUGUACCUAAAAUAAAUUUAUCAAUUCCGUUGAGUGUACGUCGUACAUGUCGUAUUCUGGCCGGUUUCAUUCUUGGGUUAACUGCAUGCAGUAUUAUUGCCGAUUUUGUUAAAUUACAAACGGGACAAUACCGACCAUUCAUUUUGGAUAUCUGUCCAGAUUUUUGUCAUGGAAAAAUAGUCAACUCUAACAUAACUUGCUGGAAUAAUAAUUCCAUCGCCGAUGACCAACGAAUCGAUGUUCGCAAAUCAAUGCCAAGUAUUGUGGCCACAUUAAGUUCAUAUACGGCUAUAUUUCUUGUAUACUAUACGACUGCAGCAUUGAAUUAUCGUGCCACAAAAUUAUUUCGAUUGUCGUUGUCCGUUGCCAUUAUUGUUAUCGGUGUGUUGUUGUCCAUGUCACGUGUUACCACUUAUCGUAAUCAUUUAUGGGAUGUAUGGGCUGGAUGGCUUAUUGGAUGGCCGUUAGCUUACUAUAUUGUUUGGUAUCAUUUGAAUGGAUUUUCUAAUCGUCUAUCCAUUAGCAAUUUAUUUUCGGCUAAAUAUCAAUGUCGUUGUAAUCGAAGUAAUGUUCAAGAUUCAUCCAUGAUGACAUCAUCGAUUAAUUGGCUUCCAUUCCAUAUACCUCGUGUACAGACUAGUGCCAAAACCGCUAAUGAAAAUGUGUCCCGUAUUCCUAGCUAUCUUAAAUCGAAUUCCGGUCAAGUUAAACAAUCACCAACAACACAUUCGAAUGCCUACAUUAAUCCUGCAUUCAGUGCUGACGAUAACAAUCCAGACAACCAUUAUCAUUAUCAUUCAAGUCGAAUAAUUCUUGAUUCAAACAAUAAUCAAAUGGUUAAACGAGAUGGCCAUCAUCAAAAACGUCGAUCACAAAUGCGAACAUUUGCCAAUUGAACCAACAACAACAACAACAACAAUCACAUACAAUCAGCAUCCUUUGAACAAAAAAA